AUGUAUACUCCUUCACUCAUUUUAGCACUCUUUUUAGCCCAAAUACUUCUCUUCUCCGCUCAGCCUCUCACGGAGGAGGGUCGAGGGAGCUGGCAGCUGCUGCUGAAAAACGUCGGCAUAUCGUCCAUGCACACGCAGUUGCUUUCAAACGACCGCGUCGUCAUUUUCGACCGCACCGACUUUGGUGCAUCCAAUUUGUCUUUGCCCCAAGGAAAAUGCCUAAGAGACCCUACAGGCAAAAUAAAAGAGGACUGUACGGCCCAUUCUAUUGAGUACGAUGUCAUCACCAACACAUUCCGACCACUCAUGGUACAAACCGACGUUUGGUGUUCCUCCGGCGCCGUAAUCCCCAACGGCACUCUUGUCCAAACUGGCGGCGACGGUAAAGGCGAACGGCAGAUCAGAAUGUUGAGCCCCUGUCCCACGUGCGAUUGGGAAGAGCAUCCGGGACUAUCAGCCCGCCGGUGGUAUGCCACUAACCAUAUUCUACCCGACGGCGGACAAAUCAUCAUCGGCGGCCAGAAACAGUUCAAUUACGAAUUCUAUCCAAAAAGAACAGCAACCGAAACCGUGUUCGAUCUUCCUUUCUUGGCGGAGACGAGCGAUCCCAAAAUCGAAAACAAUUUAUACCCAUAUGUAUUUCUGCAACCGGAUGGAAAUUUGUUCAUAUUUGCCAACAAUCGAGCCAUUCUAUUCGAUUACACCAAAAACAGAGUCGUCAAAACAUUUCCGACGAUUCCCGGCGGCGAUCCGAGAUGCUACCCUAGUACCGGCUCCGCCGUGAUGCUUCCCUUAAAUUUGGAUACUGAAUCCAUCGAAGUUGAGGUAUUGGUGUGUGGGGGAGCUCCAAAAGGUGCUUUGAAGAAGGCCAAACGCAAUAAUUUUGUAGCGGCGUUGAACACUUGUGCCAGAAUUAAGAUUACUGACCCGGAUCCGCAGUGGGUCAUGGAAACAAUGCCGCAUCCUUGGGUGAUGCCUGAUAUGUUGUUGCUUCCAAACGGCCAGGUUUUGCUUAUUAACGGAGCCUCUGCCGGCACCGCCGGUUGGGAAUACGGUCGGGAACCGGUUUUGAACCCUGUUCUGUACCGCCCGAGUAUACCGUUGGGUAGGAGAUUCACAUUUCAAAAGCCGACCACCAUUCCCCGAAUGUACCACUCGACGGCGAUAUUACUCCGCGACGGUCGUGUUCUCGUCGGCGGCAGUAAUCCGCACGCGCUUUACGAAUUCACCGGUGUACUUUUCCCGACAGAGUUAAGCUUAGAAGCAUUCUCCCCUUGGUAUUUAGACCCCUUAUUUUCAUAUGUACGACCCUCAAUCCAAAACCUAGCUUCUCCCACAAAUCUCGUCCGUGGGCAAGCAUUGAAGGUGCCUUUCGGUGUCCCCGGAAAAGUUGAUCGGACAAGGGUGUCGGUGACGAUUCUGUCGCCGGCGUUCAACACUCAUUCGUUCUCCAUGAAUCAGAGGCUGUUGGUUCUCUCCGGCAGGAAGUUUAGACGUGGAGGGAAUAUGACAUAUGAAGUUGAGGUUACAAUUCCGGAAUCAGGUAACGUUGCACCGCCGGGAUAUUACAUAUUAUACCUUGUUCAUCGCGAUAUUCCGAGCGAGGGAAUUUGGGUGCACAUUCAGUGA